AUGGUGCUUACCCGCAGCGCUAUGGAAUCGAGAGUCGACAAUCUGGAGCGUUCCAUUACGGAGAUGAAGGAAGAAGCUCACGAACAGUUCGAGGAGCUCCGACGACUCUUCAUGAGUCGCGAGCACCGUCGCACCAGGGGUCGUUCCAACACCCCGCGCCACCGGAGAGUUUCACGCGACCACAAUUCUGUUUCUGUGGCUCGUUCAGAAGACGGGUCGCGAACCGGGUCACGAACCGGGUCACGAACUGUGACUCGCAGUCGUGAACCUCACGAGCACGCUCAUCAUCGGAGCCAUCUUCGAGCCGUCAUAGGGCGGCGCGUGGAUAUACCGAUGUUCAAUGGUAACGACGCAUACGGAUGGAUUACCAAGGUGGAGAGGUUUUUCCGACUCAGUCGAGUCGUAGAAACCGAGAAGGUUGAGAUGGUGAUGAUCGCCAUGGAGGCUGGUUCCAAUGGUGGGAGGAGCAAGCUCCAGUGCGAGCUUGGGAACCGUUCAAACAGGCCUUGAUUCACAGGUUUCAACCUGAACUGGUUCAGAAUCCUUUUGGGCCUUUGCUCAAUGCUAAGCAGAAGGGAAGUGUUAUGGAAUACAGGGAGCAUUUUGAACUCUUAGUUGCGCCUAUGCGAAAUGCUGACAGGGAAGUGCUAAAGGGAGUGUUUUUGAAUGGGUUGCAUGAGGAGAUUAAGGCUGAGAUGAAGCUGUACCCAGCAGAGGAUUUGGCAGAUCUCAUGGAUAGAGCUCUUUUACUGGAAGAGAAAAACUCAGCCAUGAGAGGAGGCAAAUCCAAGGAGGAGGACAAAAGAGGAUGGAAGGAGAAGGGAGGAUUUGGAGGAAGAUUUUCUACUAAUUCUGGAGAGACCAGAGGAAGGUUUAUUCAGCCUAAUGUGAGCUACCAAUCUAAGGGAGCAGGGGGAACUCAGGGGAAUGAAGGGAAACCUCAACAUCUUAAGGAAGGGACUGAGAACACCAAUAAUGAAGGAAAAAUCCCUGAAAGGAAAUGGAAUGGGGGACAAAGACUUACUCAAACAGAACUGCAGGAAAGGAGCAGAAGGGGUUUAUGUUUCAAAUGUGGAGAAAAAUGGGGAAGGGAGCACAUUUGUGCCAAGAAGAAUUUUCAACUGAUAUUGAUAGAAGGUAAGGAUGAAGAGGAAGAAGAAGAAGUGUUUGAA